AACUAGUGACGACCACACGCGCACACCUCAGUGGCAAAACGAGGGGACGCGCUAUAGACGGACAGACAGCUAGAAAUGCAGACAAAAUGCAGCGUCUCCGCUCUGUGAGCUGCAUACACCAGAUCCACUGCCCUAAAUCCUCCCAAUAACGCUGUUGUCGUUGCAAAAAAAAAAAAAAGAAGGGAUUUAGGUUUAACAAUCGUCCUUCGCGGCAGACAGCGUUUGGUGACGACUGGACUAGUGGUGCGUCUUCCGUUCUGUCGCUGCGGCAGAGCGUUCUUCUUCUCUUCAGUCGAGCCAGGGCUGUUGUACAGAAGCCAUCGCUGUAUGAUUCGCCUUGUUCUGCGCUGUUUUUUCGGCUUUCUAUCUAUUCGUUCGUGCGGUAAAGCGCUGGUGGUGAAGUCAACGACAAAACGCUAGUGUGGAUCUAGUGGGCGCAUUACAUCCAUCUCUAUCGCGUCUACGGUCUGCUACACUGCUGUCGCUUUCAGCAUGGCGCUAACGAUUUGCACGAGAUUCACCGAUGAAUUCCAGCUUUUCGAGGAGCUGGGGAAGGGAGCGUUCUCUGUGGUGAAGAGAUGUCUCAGGAUCUCGUCUGGUCAGGAGUUUGCUGCCAAAAUCAUAAACACCAAGAAAUUGUCUGCCAGAGACCACCAGAAGCUUGAGAGAGAGGCCAGGAUUUGCCGUCUGCUGAAACAUCCCAAUAUUGUGAGGCUUCAUGACAGCAUAUCAGAGGAGGGCUUCCACUACCUGCUGUUUGAUCUGGUGACUGGAGGAGAGCUGUUUGAGGACAUCGUAGCCAGGGAGUACUACAGUGAGGCUGACGCCAGUCAUUGCAUACAGCAGAUUGUAGAGAGUGUUCAUCACUGCCAUGUCAAUGGCAUCGUUCACAGGGACCUGAAGCCUGAGAACCUCCUAUUGGCCAGUAAGCUGAAGGGGGCGGCGGUUAAGCUAGCUGACUUUGGGCUCGCCAUCGAGGUGCAGGGCGACCAACAGGCAUGGUUUGGUUUUGCUGGUACACCAGGCUACCUGUCUCCAGAGGUUCUGAGAAAAGACCCAUAUGGGAAGCCUGUGGACAUGUGGGCCUGUGGGGUGAUCCUGUACAUCCUAUUGGUCGGUUACCCUCCCUUCUGGGACGAGGACCAACACAGACUAUACCAGCAGAUCAAGGCUGGGGCCUACGAUUUCCCGUCCCCAGAGUGGGACACAGUGACUCCUGAUGCCAAAGACCUGAUCAAUAAGAUGUUGACCAUCAACCCCGGCAAACGCAUCACCACCGCAGAGGCCCUCAAACACCCCUGGAUCUGUCAACGGUCCACUGUAGCUUCCAUGAUGCACAGACAGGAGACUGUGGAGUGUCUGAAGAAGUUCAACGCCAGGAGAAAACUCAAGGGAGCCAUUUUGACCACUCUGCUGGUAACAAAAAACUUCUCAGCAGUCAAGAGUCUGCUGAACAAGAAGGCUGACGCCGUCAAGGCGAACAACAAAGCCAACACAGUGACCAGUCCUAAAGCCAACACAGUGACCAGUCCUAAAGACACCAGCUUAACCCCAGCACUGGAACCCCAGACCACAGUGAUCCACAACCCAAUAGAUGGGAAGAAGGAGUCUAUAGAGAGCACCAACACCACCAUUGAGGACGAGGAUGUCAAAGCUCGGAAGCAGGAAAUCAUCAAAGUCACAGAGCAGCUGAUCGAAUCCAUCAACAACGGAGACUUCGAGGCCUACGCGAAGAUCUGUGAUCCUGGUCUGACGUCGUUUGAACCAGAAGCUCUGGGGAACCUGGUAGAGGGACAUGACUUCCAUCGCUUCUACUUCGACAACGCCCUGUCUAAAGGUAGCAAGCCGGUGCACACCAUCCUCCUCAACCCUCACGUCCAUCUGAUAGGUAGGAAAUCAGCCAUUUCUAAUUAUUAUAACAAUAAUAUUAUGAUAUAUGUGCCAUUUAGCAGACGCUUUUAUCAAUAGCAACUUACAUGAAUGUGUAAUUAUAUUUUCCAUAUGGGUGGCCCUGGGAAUUGAACCCACUAUCCCGGUAUUGCAAGCACCAUGAUUUACCAACUGAACAUUAUGUUGAUUUUUCUGGGCUAUGUUUUAUGUAAUCUUGUUUCUGGUUGGUAUUCAAAUAUACACUGUAUGUACAUAUCAAUUCCAGUCAGAAACUAGACCAGAUUCAAAUGUCCCAUUCCAAAUUGUCCUGAAGCAUUGAAGUGAACAUUGGAAUGGGAAUUCUGGUGUACUUCCUGGAUUGAAUCAAGAUGGACGCCAAUCCCCUGGUACUUAUGGUGCGGCAGGGUAGCCUAGUGGUUAGAGUGUUGGACUAGUAACCGGAAGGUACAAUCUGUCGUUCUGCCCCU